CGCUCGUCUCAGGUAUCCCACUUGACAUGAGGUUGGCAUCUACACACCAUGUCCUCCAUACCCAAGGACAUAUCCAUCACAAAGCCAGGAGAGAGCUCCACCACCGGAGCCUUAGGCGUAAGAAGGAGAUCAUCGCGAGCUCACAGCUCCAAACAAGCUGAGAACGGCCAUGAAGCUCGUAACUCCAACACGACCACCUCCCUGGCCACCGGGAUCGGGGUCGGUAAGAGUGGAAGGAAACGAGUUGGAGAGCCAGCAAGAAGAGGAGAUGAGGAGGACUUGAUCUCGCCCUCUGAACGUGAGACUACCAAUGUGAAACGACCAAGGCAUCAGUCGCCUCGUAAACCGCUCUCAGAACCGCCUGACCCCCCUGAUGGCCCAGAUGGGAUCGCUGGCAAAGGCAAAAUAAAGGACACCGGUCCAAUGAUUGACCCAGACUUGCUUCUCAAACGAGUACAUUCGUAUCCUUCCGGCCUGACACCGUUCCGAUACCCAUGUCACCAUCUCGAGCUUCCGUCUCCUCCCGUCAGUGACCCGAAUGAUCCCAACUUCAAGCGCUAUGAUCCAGCAGCGAAGACCUACCAGCUUGAACCCACAGAGAUCAGCUCUUACCCCGGAAACAGCGUCCCCGCUCCCUUGCACCCGAGGCAGACCUUGCAGCCAGGCGACGAAAGCACGCGACAGCUGUUGCCGCAAUCUGGAGGAGCCGAUAUCGUGCAUGAGGCGGAGCCUUACGAAUCACUUUCGGCCUUGCUCAGUGCUUCAGAUUUCCAAAACCAUUUUGCCGAGCUCGAAGCGCAGGGUAUCUUCGCCCAACCCGAGGGGCCCGACGAGUAGGGCCUCGAGAACUAUGGGAUGGCUUUUCUCGCCGUCACCCUUGCAUGGUAGGUAUGAGAGGCAUUCCCUUCCUACGACCACGGGUGACAGGUAGCAGCAGAGCUACCCAUCAUUUAAACCAGAUCUCAGUUAGUAUUCAAAGUUGUUGUUGCCUCGUCAAUAUAGACAGUCAUGUAUCAGUGGAAUGAUCAAUGACUGCUGCUCAU